AUGGCUGCUGGGAAGGAGGCUCCCCUGAAUACUCUGGCUGAGAUCAGAUGGUGUCUGAGGGACCCCGAGGCAGGCUGGGAAUGCAAGCCAGUGCUGCUUGAGAAAACCACACACCUGGGCCCCCUGGCUGGCUCGGGUCAUAUUGGGGACCAGGAAGUGGCCUAUAAUGAGCUGGUGCUAUCAACGGCCCCAGGCAAGCUCCAACUGGGAAAGCCACUGCCUGGGGAAACACACUGGGAGCAAAGGCAGAGUGCUUUUGUGGAGGUGCAGCAACUUGAGAGGUUAGGGGAUGAUCCUUCUCAGGGGAGGGAACAAAAUGACCCCACAGCCCAGCCUGGCCACCAACAGCUGACUCAAAACAUCCCCAUGGACCCAGCAGGCAAAACAGUCUUCUCUGUGUGGCCCAGCAGAGCCCAAGGCGAGCAGAGAAGCGCCUUCAGCAAACCAACCAAGUGUCCAGCAGAGAAGCUUGGACCACCACCCCCUCUCUUCUCAGAAGGCCAAUCUGCAGACUCCCCAGGGGACCUGUCAGGACUCAACACUACAGACCUGUCUCAUUGGGGUCGAUUUUCAAAUGCCAAGUUUUGGAUGGGUGAUUUCUGGAACUUAGAGUUGUUGCAACAGAAUGUUCCACUCUGUAGUGCUUUCCUGGGUGCCUCCACACUGUGGCUCAAGCACAAGGUGGCACAGAUACCCACACCCUCCUCUCUCUCUUCCACUUCCUCAUUGACCCUCUUGCCACCCACAUUCACCAACUUGGGCUUGUCCACCCAGAACUGGUGUGCAAAAUGCAAUCUCUCCUUUCGCCUGACAUCUGACCUGGUAUUCCACAUGCGGUCCCACCAUAAGAAGGAAAAUGUUGGGCCUGACUUACAUCCUAAGAAGCAGAGAGAGGAGGCCCUCAUGUGCCCCAUCUGCCACGAGUACUUCCAGGAGCGACACCAUCUCUCACGGCACAUGAUAUCUCACAGUUAA